GGCUGCUGUGCCCACAUGACUGUCCCCCCCCCAAGCUCCUGGCUCCUUCUGAGGGGGCGGCCGGAGAGCCUUGCUCCUUCCCGCUUCCGCGAUGCUGACACUCACACUGUGGCUCCCGACGGGGCAGCGGCCGUCGCGCUGAGUCUGAGUUCCAGAGACGCCUGGAUGACUCCGCUGAAGGCGUUCAGCACCUACUUGAUACUCAGACUCACGUCUUCUGCUGGGUUUUCUCACCUGCGGGAGUUUGGCGCAGUGUGUUUUGUUCCAGAGCUGGAAAGGGAACGUCCCGGUCUGCCUGACUGCCCCUCAGGGCUGGUCCCUGAGCUCCAAUGCCUUGCUCUCUGUGGGGUAAACGGGAGAUGGGGGUGACAGGUCUGCUCGGCAGAGGACCCCCAGUUCACUGGCGGGGGCAAAGCCAGGCCUCUCCAGCUCUGUUCUUAGCCCCGUGGUGCAGGGUUUGUAUGCCGCUCACAGCCAGACUCUCACACCUGCUGUGCCGGCCACAGGGACCCUGGACCCCGGCCGUCCGUAGCUGGUGACUGACAGGUGUCAAUCUGGAAGGGCAGAGGCGGUAUCCCUCAUCAGUGCCAGGAGCUGCCUCCCAGCCAUGGACGGGGAGGAGGAGCGGUCACCUCAGGAGGCUGACACGGAGCCCGUUGUCCCAGUGGGGUCUUCCGAGGUGGUGCCCAGGGUGCUUUCCGGAGAACCCCAGAACCUGUCCGACGCCGACGCUCUGUCCCUGCUCCUGGAGAUGAAGCUGAGGAGGCGGCGGGAACGGCCCAGCCUGCCGCGCACCGUGACCGAGCUGGUGGCCGAGGACGGGAGCAGGGUGUACGUGGUGGGCACAGCCCACUUCAGCGAUGACAGCAAGAGGGACGUCGUGAAGACCAUCCGGGAGGUGCAGCCUGAUGUGGUGGUGGUGGAGCUGUGCCAGUACCGCGUGUCCAUGCUCAAGAUGGACGAGAGCACGCUGCUCCAGGAGGCCAAGGAGAUCAGCCUGGAGAAGCUGCAGCAGGCCGUGAGGCAGAACGGGGUCAUGUCUGGACUCAUGCAGAUGCUGCUGCUGAAGGUGUCGGCCCACAUCACCGAGCAGCUGGGCAUGGCCCCUGGCGGCGAGUUCAGGGAGGCCUUCAAGGAGGCCAGCAAGGUGCCUUUCUGCAAGUUCCACCUGGGCGACCGGCCCAUCCCCGUCACCUUCAAGAGGGCCAUCGCCGCACUGUCCUUCUGGCAGAAAGUCAAGCUGGCCUGGGGCCUGUGCUUCCUGUCAGACCCCAUCAGCAAGGACGACGUGGAGCGCUGCAAGCAGAAGGACCUGCUGGAGCAGAUGAUGGCCGAGAUGGUCGGCGCGUUCCCCGACCUGCACCGCACCAUCGUCUCUGAGCGCGACGUUUACCUGACCUACAUGCUGCGGCAGGCCGCCCGGCGCCUGGAGCUGCCCCGCUCCUCUGACGCCGAGCCCAGGAAGUGUGUCCCCUCGGUGGUGGUGGGUGUCGUGGGCAUGGGCCACGUGCCGGGCAUCGAGAAGAACUGGACCACCGACCUCAACAUCCAGGAGAUCAUGACCGUCCCCCCGCCGUCCAUCUCCGGCAGAGUGUCCCGGCUGGCCGUGAAGGCCGCCUUCUUGGGCCUGCUGGGCUACGGCCUUUACUGGAUGGGGCGCCGCGCCACCAGCCUGGUCCUGUCACUGCCUGUCGCUCAGCACUGUCUGCAGAGGGCGUCCGCGGCCCGGCCGCGCAAAUAGGAAGGACCAACACGUGGCUGCUCCCGUGUCACCGCUGAGGGGCGCUGGGGCUGGCCCCCCCCCCCCCCAACGAGGAGCGGCUGGGUGCCACCCCCUGUGGGGGUCCAGGCCCGGCCACGCCUCUCCUCCCCCAACCCGCCCAAAUAAAGAAAUAUUUAACUGCUCUGAGCUCAGGCUUCCCAGCAGCCCCCUCCCCACCCUCAUCCCCGGCCCUGCAGGGACCGCUCUUGGGGUUCAUGGGCAUCAGGACGCGCUGGUGGGGGAGGGGCCAAAGGUGCACACUGCCCCACCCCCAUCCCCGGCCCCCAGGUGAAGGGGCGUGGUGGGCAUGGCCAGCCAUCCCCUACCUCACUGUGCCUUCUCACGCGCUGGCAGCAGGAGCCCUGGCCCGGGAGCGAGUCCCAGUGCGUUCUGGGCCACCGGGUUCCUGGCCGGCAUGUUUGGGAAGGGCCAGGUCACCCCACGCAGCUGUGUCGUGGCUCCUGGGAGCGUCCCUCCCGCCUGGGCAGCUUGGCCACGCUCGGUCGUGGCGGGCGCACACCAGCUCUGCUUGCAGACGGUGUGUGGUUUUGUUUUUUAAAAAUGUCUGAAGUUUUUUUACUCAGGUAAUUUUAACUUAAGAGAAAAACUGAAGCAAAUGUCAGAAAAUACUAGCCUUAAACCUGGUUGGGACAAAGAGAACGUGUGUGGGGGGGGACCUCGAUCCCGAGAGGGUGAGCCCGUGGGAGAGAGGUCAGCCUCCGCACGGGGGUGCCAGGCCCGCCUCUGGCUGGGGGCUUCUGGGGCUGCAGCCCUCGGACGGGAGCCUUCCUCGGCCCCAACCUCAGUGGACGGCGGGCGCGUGUCCGCUGUGGGGCGGGACAGACGGAGACCCGAGGUUGGGCCGAGCCCACGCGGGGCUCCCACCCCGGGCACCUCCCUGCGGCCACGCUCCGCGGGUCAUGUGUCUGUGACACGGCCUCUGUGCAGCCCACCCGGGCCCCGGGGCCACGCUUGAUUGUGUUUGUGUUGACUCGAUGUCUGACAAAACCAGGUGAAACCCACGGCCGUGAACGGGGCCGCACCGUGUUUUCCUGUCAUACAUGUACUCAUUCCUGAGAAAUGGAAAUAAAGUCUAAUUUUGGAAGCUCC